AUGUCUAGAACAACAAAUUAUAUUGUUCAUGCACAUUUUAAUGGAGACACUUACAUCUCUGAGGAUUCGGGUUUUGGGUUUCAAAAUACAGAUGUUACCCGAUUAACAGUGAGUAGAAAAUCAAUUUUUUUGCAUUUCAAAAAGCGAAUAGAGUCGAAGAUAUUGUCUGGUCCAAUCUCUCAAAUCAUAUACAGAAGUUUCGUUUUCUUUGACAACAAUCAGAUCAAGUAUUUUCAAGAGAAAAUACAAGACGACAACGAAGUAGAUCAAAUGUUUGAUAGUCAUGAACACUCUGGGUUCGACUAUAUCGAGGUUUAUCUAUUACUCUGCCAGACUCAACAUCAAGUUGGUGAAACAACAAAUGUAGAUGAAGUUGAUGUCGUGGACAAGGAGGAAGAAGAAACUGAGGCCAUGGUUGAUCAAAUGGUUAAUUUGUUCGAGACUGGGGACUACACUGCACUAACUCCGCUUCAAGACAUAGAUGAGGAGACACUACCAUUAAGGCAUAUGUAUUGUCCUCCCCAACACAUGACGAACUUGCAAUUGAGUGGAGACGAUACUUCCUCAAAUGUUUUCUACAAUCCUUCUCAACAAAUUGAAGGUGUUUUGAAAGUGGGAAACUAG